AUGGCUCAGCAUUACUACCAGUCCUCUCUCUUACUACUUGCAGUUCUCAAUUUAUUCUUUAUUCUUGGCAACAUAACUGGAGCGACUGCACGCCACCUUCUAGAGACGCCCCUCCCUGAGAUUCCUAAACCAGAACCCCCGAAAGUCCCAGCCUUGCCAAAGCUUGAAAUCCCAAUCGCGCCGAAGCCUGAGCUUCCAACCAUACCAAAGCCAGAGAUCCCUGCUAUUCCAAAGCCUGAACUACCAACUUUCCCGAAGCCCGAAUUACCAACUUUACCAAAGCCUAAGCUGCCCGAGAUCCCAACCAUGCCAAAGCCUGAGACUCCCCCAAUGCCAAAACCUGAGUUUCCUCCCUUGAAAAAGUCAGAACUCCCAGUAGAGCCAAAGACUGAGGUUCCUCCAGCUAUAAAAAAACCUGAAGUUCCAGCUAUUCCAAAGCCUGAAUUACCCUCUUUGCCGAAGCCUGAGAUCCCAGCUAUACCAAAACCUGCAUUACCGACUUUGCCAAAGCUUGAGAUCCCAACUGUGCCAAAACCUGAGCUUCCUGCUACACCAAAACAUGAGAUCCCAGCAUUGCCAAAACCUGAGCUUCCUCCCUUGGAAAAGCCAGAAAUUCCAGCAGUGCCAAAGACUGAGAUUCCGACUAUGCCAAAGCCUGAAAUCCCAGAACUACCAAAGCCAAAAGUCCCAGAGCUUCCAAAGCCUGAAAUCUCGAAAAUGCCUAAACCAACUUCUCCUUCACUUUCUCCACCAUACAAACCCUCAACUCCUUGA